CGCCUGCACCCACUUCACCCUCAUCCCUCGGCGCGACGAGCGUCGUUGGAAAAUCAAUGAGCGCCGUUAUCUCGCCAAAAGCUCUCGUCUGGCCGCCGCCGCCGCCGCCUCGUUGCGAGUUUGAUAAUACGCGGGUUUUGUACACAAGCGAAAACAAAACAAAACGAAACGAAAUCCACCGUUGACCGCACACUGUCACACGCCAGACAACAAUAAUUAUAUCUCAUAGGUACGCGUCACGGAACUCUGUGGUACGCGUAGUCGCGAUAGUGAUACGGUUAAAUAUUAGUAAUCAAUUACCGCGACCUUUGUAAUAUUGUAUCUCACAAAAGUCGACCGCCCCGCGAGUCUCGUCUCCUCUUUGACGUUUCGGUACACCGUCUGUAGAGUCAUAUUUUAUUAUCGUCGUCGUCGUCGUCGUCGUCGUUGUCGUCGUCAAUCGUUGUAAACAUGGAUCCUGGUCCUCAAGCCUACGGGGCCGGCAAAGUUGGCGGCCAGUUCAACGUUCAAAACUUUGUCCGCAAGCCGCACGUGUUCGUCAGACUGUUGUCGUUGUUAUUUGGUUUGAUCGUGUAUUUUUGUGCAUCAUCUGGCUCAUGGACUACAGACACGAAAACCAACGAGGAAGUAUGCAUGUUCAAGCUUAAAAGUUUUGGAUGUCACAUUGGUGGUGUGGUGGGUUUUACAUCGGUGAUCGGAGCAGCUGUAUUUGUCGGCGGCGAAUAUUAUUUUGAAAACGUGCCGUCGGUAAAAAGCCGUAAACAUUAUGUGCUCAUCGACCUUGGAUUCUCAUGUCUAUGGUCGUUUUGGAAUUUUUUACUUUUCAUUUAUCUAUCUAACUCAUGGAGUGAUACACCUGAUUUUCCUGAUUCAAUUAGCACUGCCAAUCCAACCACUGCCAUUUAUUUUGCAUUAUUUUCUAUUUUUUCAUGGGGGACUUCUGCAUAUUUUUCAUAUCAAAGAUAUCAAAUGGGUGUAGAUCCAGCAUUUAUAUCAUCUUUUGAAGCCGAUCAGUUUGGAGCAUACGACGAAACGCAAAAUAACAGUACCAAUGAAUCUCCGUUUAAUAAACAGAUGUCGGGUAUGAGUGAAUAUCAAACUCAAGCUUACUAAGUAAACAAUCAGUUUAUCAACGAUGAUUCUGAACAUGCCAGGAGAUUGUGUUUUUACUACUAUACGUUAUACCAAAUUACUUAAUGCCAAUGGUAUUACUGGUUUUAUUACUUCACAAUAACUAAACAACGUAUUUUAUUGAAUAGUUAGUUGCGAGUAGUAUCAAUUUUUGAAAUUUGUAACAAAAUCGUUUAU